AUGCAGGUACUUUGCUAUAACUAUUGGCAGUCAAACCUACAGGCAUGCUUAGAUGACCCCAAGGUGAUGCAAAUCGAUGUAGACAAAUGCUGGCGCCUGGACUUUACCGGCCGACCACUAUCCGAGUACAACGUCGUCGACAACUAUAUGACCUGCGUUGGCUACUGGAUGGAGGACACCAAAUCAUUCUUGAUCACCUAUGACAAAGAGGAUCCGGUGACCUACAACUUCCGAUGUUGGGUUUACAAACGGCUUAGCUUUCACAAUUAUGUGAUGUCACGUGGCCGCGGCAACAAAUGUGAUAAAAUACAGACUGCAGAGUCUUCGAUGCCAGACGAAGGCGCCUCUCUGCUUCUUGAGAUGACCGAUGACGAGCUUCAAUUCGAUGUCUGCCCACAGUCCUGGGAUGAGGGGAAGAAUCCAUAUGCAACCCCCGCAGUGCUCAAUGUAUAUGCCAUUGGGUCUCUGUUGCGGCACCCUUCAAUGAAUUGGUUCACCUUCCUGCUGCUGCAUCUAUUCUUUAUGUACCUUACUUCAAAAUGUUUUAUCUUUUAA